AUGAAUCUCCUUUGUGUUACUGUGGUUCUGGGACUCUUAGCGGGGGCAUGGGCUCAAGUGAUGCCCGCUGUGGACCGACCUGCUUGUGACUCUCCUGAGGCAGAGGCCGCCGCUUUGGUGGCCCAGGAUUACCUCAAUGCCCAGCACAAACACGGCUACAAGUAUGCUCUGAACAGGAUUGAGGACAUCAAAAUUAUUUCCACGCCUGCUGGCGAUGUAACAUAUGUCAUGGAAGUUGACCUGCUGGAGACAGACUGUCAUGUGUUGGAUCCCACACCUGUUGCCAACUGCACAGUCAGACCCAAGGUUCUUACGGCAGUAGAGGGAGACUGUGACGUGGUGCUGAAGAACGUUGGUGGAGCUCUGACUGUCACAGCAUUCAAGUGUAAAACAGAGGAAUCAACAGAGGACAUAUGCUUAGGCUGCCCUACCCUCCUUCCUCUGAAUGACACCAAUGCCCUAGACUUGGUCCAUGCCUCUCUGGCACACUACAACAACAAUUCAAUCAAUGCGACCUACAUGCUUCUGGAGGUUGGAAGGUUAACAUCACAGAUUGUGUCUGGUGGGCCCGCUUAUAAAGCAGAAUUUGUCAUAGUUGAGGGUAAUUGCACUAACGAUGCAUGUGAGCCCCUGAAUGACAUUAUGGCUACACACGGAUUUUGCACUGCAAGUAGUUCAAGUGCUACGGUGGACUGCAAGAUCUUUCCCAACAUGAUGGAGCUUGUAGACAGCAAUAACACUGUAGCAGAAUCACCAAUGGUCCAUACAGACAGCCUGACAUUCAAGCAUGGUCUGAAACACCACAAGCUCACCCGCUUCCAUAACCCUGAGCUCAACACCCUCCUAUCUGCAGAGUCAUUAGAGUCAGCUGAAGUGGUGCCUGUGGCCCCAGCAGUGUCUGUAGUUGCUGGAGCCAGUCCAGCCUCAGACCCCUCAACCAGUGUUGAGGCUCCUGUUGUUGUGGUUAAGAGACAGGCUCCUUCUCCUGAAAUGAUGGGUGACCCUGCUGGCCCUCCGGUAGCACCCAUUUCUCUUGUGCCAUUAUGCCCAGGGAAGAUCAGGUUCUUCUAA